GCAGCCGGGUGUGUAGCAACGUUGCUCCACGAUGCAGCCAUGAACCCUGCCGAAGUGGUCAAACAGAGGAUGCAGAUGUACAACUCGCCUUACCAGCGUGUGACGGACUGUGUGCGGGCUGUGUGGCGCAACGAAGGGGCCGGAGCUUUCUACCGCAGCUACACCACCCAGCUCACCAUGAACAUCCCCUUCCAAGCCAUUCACUUCAUGACCUACGAGUUCUUGCAAGAGCAGCUCAACCCCCACAGACAGUACAACCCAGGCUCCCACGUGGUCUCCGGAGCCUGCGCAGGGGCUGCUGCUGCCGCUGCCACUACGCCUUUGGACGUUUGCAAAACACUGCUCAACACCCAGGAGUCCCUGGCCUUGAGCUCCAACAUCAGCGGACACAUCACAGGCAUGGCCAAUGCCUUCAGGACGGUGUACCAAGUGGGCGGUGUGACCGCCUACUUCAGAGGGGUCCAGGCGAGAGUCAUUUAUCAGAUGCCCUCAACGGCGAUCGCCUGGUCCGUGUACGAGUUCUUCAAAUACAUCCUCACCAAGCGCCAGGAGGAGCGGCGGGCUGGGAAGUGAGCCAGAGCCGAACGCCCUUCCAGACCUGCUUCACCUCCCCUCCUGGUUUGUCUUCUGACCCUUCUCCCUUUCGGUUUGGUUUGUGUUGAAGAGAGGGGGCAGCGAAGCCCUUCGGGCUUUAGCGAUGCAGGUUUUUUUGCCUGUGGCUGCUGCAGCUCUGCUCGGGCUGCACGGCUUGCUCUCUCCCAGGCUCCUCUGUGAUGUCCCGCUGGGAGCUGCAGCCCAGGUCACGUCCCCUGGCACUUCGGUGGAGCUGUGCUCCUGUCCUUCCCUUAACCAAAACCUCCUCACGCAAAGCUCGCCCCUCCUUGGAGGGGAAGGUGAAUGUUCUGCCCUCCCACUGGCAGGGCCAAGCUGAGCUCGCAGUCGCCAGGGAGGGGGCGGCAGCGCUGCCCGGGAUGCUGGGGGCUUUGUCUGGCUUUUGGCUGAAGCGAAGUGUAAGCCUUGCCGUUGUCUUGUAGCACGCACACGUGAUGCUGACUGCCCUGGUGGUGGCGGGGGGGGAGGACGGCACUUGAGGAGGGGAGCCUGUAGGUUUGUUAUUGUUCCUGCUCUUGACACCUCCAAUAAAAACAGUUCUGCUCU